AUGAAAUAAAAACUUUGGGUAGCUAUUCCUAAUGAAUUAAAGUGGAAAAAUGAUAAGCCUCUUUUGAAAUCUGAAUUCUAAAAGUCUAACAAAAAGUUGAGAUAUUUAAUCGGUUAUGAUCAAUACAUUCUUAUAUCAAAAGUAUGAUAAAAUUAACUUAUUAACAAAGAAACCUGAAGAUCCUCCAUCUAAAUAUCUCAAAUUAGAUUUUGAGACUAAAUUUGAAAUAAUUAGAACAACAGUCUAAAAAAAGGAUGAAGAUGAUGAUUCUUUGGGUACUAUAAUAGGAAUGAUUCUAAUGAGAGAUCAUGGAUAAGAUCAAAUGCCUAGCUAUAAACUAUCAGCAAAUGAAAAAGUCAUAACUUAAUGGAGAGAAUUUUUUUAACCUAGAAUUAAUUAAUGGUAAUUUCAUCAUCUUUUUAGAGUAUUUAAGAAAAUUGGAAAAGGUAAUUUUGCAUCUGUAAUUAAUCCCCUUUAUUUUAGGUUUAUUUGGGAGAACGCAUAGAAGAUGGUGCAUAGAUGGCAAUUAAAGCAUUUUCAAAAUAAGCAGCUUAUGCAGAAGACCAUGGAAAAGAGGCUAUCGUAAAUGAACUAACAAUUAUGAGAAAACUAAAUAAUCAUCAUCUUAUGAGAAUGCAUGAGAUAUAUGAAACCUAAAACUCACUCUAUGUUGCACUUGAAUUAUUAGAAGGUGGUUCAUUGUAUGAUCUAAUCAAAGAUAAAGUCAUUUUAAAUACAAAAUAAAUAUAAUAAAUUUUAGUAGGAGUUCUACAAGGAUUGUGUCAUAUGCAUGAAAAAGAAAUAAUGCAUAGAGAUUUAAAAUUAGAAAAUAUUUUAUUCAAAUAACAAAAGUAAAAUAAUUCAUAAAUUAAAAAUAAUAGGAAAAUGGAAACAGUAGUUGUGGCAGAUUUUGGAUUGGCCACUCAUGUAAAUGAACCAGUUUAUCUAUAUUGUCGAUGUGGAACUCCUGGAUAUGUUGCUCCUGAAGUUAUAAAUAUUAAGGAUAUGAAAGGCCAUUAUAGUUCUGUUUGUGAUAUCUAUAGUUUUGGAUUAGUCUUUUAUUUAUUAUUAACUGGUAAACCUGCUUUUCCUGGAAAGAGUUAUAGCACUGUUGUCAAAUAAAAUAGAGAAGCAACAAUUGAUUUCACUAUUAAGCAAUUACAAAAUGCUCCUAACACUGCUAUUGAUUUAUUAAAAAGAAUGCUUGAAAAAGAUCCUAGUAAAAGAAUAACUGCAAUUUAAUGUCUAUAGCAUCCUUAUUUAGCUGAAAUGAAUUAAAUAAUGUUAGAUGAUCAUUCUAAUGACUUUAUAGAUGAAGGAGAAGAUAAUGAUUUAGGAAUGAGAAUGAAUGCCUUAAAUGAAGAGUAAAUUAUUAAAUUAAUAUUUUUUUUAGAUCUGCAAAGUUUGAUGCAUCAAGAAAAAAUCAAUUGCUUAAUUCACCUUAAUCAUCUCCUGGUGGUUUGGCUACUAGAUAAUUAAAACAUUAAAAGAAUAUUGAUUCCUCUAAUUAAGUAUAAAUGAAUUCACCUCUAUUGACUGGUAAAACUGACAGUGUAGACAGUAUUCCUAAUAUUGGAAUGCCUUAAAAAAAUUAAUAAAAUAACUUUUAAGCUUCUCCCCAAAUUAAACCUUCCCGUUUUAAACAGUAUAAAUUAAUAUUAAAACUUUUAUAGAAACAUUCCAUAAUAGAAAUAAGAAAAUCCAUUAUUAAAAUAUACUUAGAAGAAAGAAUGA